UGACAGUUCCUUUUUCUACCUCUUUCCUUGGAUUAGUCUCCUUUUUACUUUCCUUUGUGUCAUCCCAUCAAUUCCUUUUUCCCUACGGUCCCUGAGACCAGUCAUUUUUGCUCCUUCACCGAUCUUCUUCUUUCCACACACACUCCUUUGGCUGCCCCCGUCCUUAACCCCCUCCCCCCCCCCCCAAUUCUUUUUUUGCCCUUCGAUUUUCCCUCGAUCGUGUGCGCGCGCGGUGGGCCUCUGAGACACAAUCCACAUUCUCACUGAUGGGGCCAUCCUUAUUGUAGCGAACGCCUUCGAGUCCGCGAUUCAACCAUAUAUCACCUCGCCUCCCUCCCUCCUCCUUCUCCCCCCGGAGUCCCAGUAUGGGUGUAUCCCCGGUCAGUAAUCACCAUCGACGGCGGAGUUCAGUGUUGGCUGUAGGUCCCCAUUCCGCGGCAAUCGACCCAAGGGACGACCUUGCAAGAGUUACCGGGGACGCAGUCGGCGCGAAGAGGGAAGAGAAGAAGUCCUCACCGGCUGAGGACGCAGACGAGUCGGAUUUGUCCUCCAUUGCGGAAAGCGACGAGAUGGAUUACACUAGUUCCGACGAAGACAUCCACGAUGACGAGGAGACCGGCCUCACUGCGAGACAGCGACGGCAGCGACGACGCAGAAGACAGCAGCGCAGGCAGUUGGAUGCCCGGAUCGCCGAUGUCAAGGCUUCCAAGCACGACUGGCUGCCACUGAGAAUGGCAGACAGGGAGAUCAUGCAGCGGCUCCUGGUCAAUGGCGCUUUGAUCCUCAUGUGGUACUUUUUCUCGCUGUCGAUUUCAAUUUACAACAAAUGGAUGUUCUCUGACAACAACGUCGUUUUUCCCUUCCCUCUCUUCACCACCAGUCUACACAUGGCUGUUCAGUUCACACUCUCUUCCCUUCUGCUUUACUUGAUACCAUCGUUGCGCCCGCAACCCCCUCAUACCUCCACCCCAGCCGGCUCGCCCGUCCGCGAUCAUGAUGCGUCGGAGAAACGGCCGAUUCUCACCAAAUUCUUCUAUUUUACUCGUCUGGUUCCCUGCGGUGCAGCAACCUCCUUGGACAUUGGUCUUGGGAAUAUGUCUCUGAAAUUCAUCUCCCUCACCUUUCUCACUAUGUGCAAAUCCUCCGCCCUGGCCUUUGUUCUUCUUUUUGCCUUCCUCUUCCGCCUCGAGACUCCAUCAGUUAGAUUGAUAAUCAUUAUCGCCACCAUGACUGUAGGUGUUGUCAUGAUGGUAGCCGGUGAGACCGCCUUCAAUGUAGUCGGGUUCGUCCUGGUCAUUGCAUCCGCGUUCUUCUCGGGCUUCCGAUGGGGCCUGACCCAAAUCCUCCUUCUCCGCCAUCCGGCGACAGCCAAUCCCUUCUCUACUCUCUUUUUCCUUACCCCCGUUAUGUUUGUGUCUCUCAUUAUCAUUGCGCUGGCCGUGGAGGGACCUUCGGAGAUCGCCGCGGGAUUCCAUGCCCUGGCCGAAGCUCGCGGCAGCCUCUUCGGCGUGGGUCUCUUGGUCUUUCCGGGCCUGCUCGCCUUCUGUAUGAUUUCUUCCGAGUUUGCGCUCCUCAAGCGCUCCUCGGUGGUAACCUUGAGCAUCUGCGGCAUAUUCAAGGAAGUCGUCACCAUCAGUGCAGCCGGUGUCAUCUUCCACGACCAGCUCACCUUGAUCAACAUCACGGGUUUGUUUGUGACCAUUGCUAGCAUCGGUACAUAUAACUACAUGAAGAUCGCCAAGAUGCGUGCAGAAUCUCGGAAAGGCUCGUGGACGCGUAGCCCGAACCUUGACUCCGAGACUGACGAUUCGGAUCCCACGGGAGAGCGCGGCGAAUAUCAGCGAAUCCGUCAUCCCGAGACGAGCAUGCGCUACUCGCCGGACGACCUGGAUGACGAUGAGAAUGUCAACAUCACGCCCGCCGAUCAUCUGAAGCCCGGCCGCCGCUCGUUCCGCGUUCGUGCCAGCGGCGCCAGCAGCAAUGUGCACGGGUUGAGCAUUAACACCUCGAACCUCAGCGACCACGAUCGGUCACUCUCUCCACGGGUCGCCGGUCCCUCACCGUUGAAAUCCGCACCGCCCGUCAUCACCUCGCUUGAAGCGGAGCUUCACAAGUCGGACCGGCGGCAAAGCUUCGGAGGCGUUGUGCAACCAUCCCCGGAAAGACUGUCCCAUGGAGAGGGGCGAUCCGCCCAUUGAAGUCCAACCCUGGC